CAUACACAAACAACUACAAGAAGAUGACCCCUCCGCCGGUCCCGCCCCGUUCCACCGUAGGCUCUAAGCCCCUUAUCUCAGUCACGGCUCAGAGCAGCACAGAAUCCACCCAGGAUGCGUACCAUGAGGGCAGAUCUCCUCGAGGGUGGGGGGACGGGCUGGGCCUGAGCCUGGGCAGGUCCCUGUAUAACUCCACAGACAGUCUGGACAGUGCCAAGGCGGUGACUAUAGCCAUGGAGGCUGCAGGGGUGAUGUCUGGGAAGAGACACCCGUCCACAGACAGUCAUAGCUCAGUGAUGACCUGUGAUAAAGCCAUCCUGGUGUCCAAGGCUGAGGAGUACCUCAAAACACCACGCUCCUCCAUAGGGAUACAGGUGGAAGCAGCCACCGACUCGGAGUCAGAAACCAAAGGAUCGAGGGAAUACCAUUCUGUUGGGAUCCAAGUAGAAGAUGACAAAAGAGGGCAGGGCAGGUUGAAGCGCUCCAACAGUGUAACAGCCUCCGUUCAGGCUGACAUGGAGAUGGAGGGGUUUCCCACCAUGGAGGACAAGGGCCUACAGUUUGGAGGGGGCUUCCUAGGGGGGCACUCUGAGCCCAGCACGCCUACCCAGUACGGAGUUCGCACCGUCCGCACCCAGGGCCUCUUCAGCUACCGGGAGGACUACCGGACACCCACGGAGCCCCCCAGCCCCCAGCAGACCUCCAGCGAGACCACCUGGCAGCUAGAGCCCCCCUCUCCCAGGGAGCCCGCAGCAUCGUCUGGCGAGUCGGGCCGGGUGUCCCCCGCCUUGCGGAGGGAUGGAAGCUGGUUCAUGCAGCUGCUCCACGCAGAGACCAAGAGGAUGGAGGGAUGGUGUAAAGAGAUGGAGGCAGAGGCAGAGGAGAACGACCUCUCUGAGGACAUCCUAGGUAAAAUCAGGAGUGCGGUGGGCAGUGCUCAGCUCCUUAUGUCUCAGAAAUUCCAGCAGUUAUACUGGCUUUGUCAGCAGAACCUGGACCCCAGUGCCAUGCCCCGCCCCACCUCUCAGGACCUGGCUGGAUUCUGGGACCUCCUGCAGCUGUCCAUCGAUGACGUCACCACCAAGUUUGACAAGCUGCAGCAGAUGAAGAACAACGACUGGAGGCCCGUAGAGAAGAGCCCUGAGAAGAAGUUACCACCUGCCGUACCAAAGAAGUCCAUGAUCGGGAAGAGAGGCGUGACGCGGGAGAAAUCCCUGGAUCUUCCAGACCGCCACCGCCAGGAGGCACGCAGGAGGCUGAUGGCGGCCAAGCGUGCAGCUUCCUUCCGUCAGAACUCAGUGUCAGAAAGAGCAGACAGCAUCGAGAUCUACAUCCCUGAGGCCCAGACUCGCCUUUGAGAAGACUGGGACAGGGGUCAGGGGCGUCUCCCCCUUCAGACUUCCCCUCAACUAGACUCUCCUUUAACUAGCCUUUUUCUAGACUAUCUACUGUACACUUCCCUCCUUUAUCUGUCUCCUCAUGACUGUCAUUAUCUUCUGAGUUCAUCUCCACUCCAGUCCUCGCUAAGUACGAUAUCGCAGAACCCCUCAUCCAUUACCAAAUGUGUAUUAGAAGAUAUACAGAUCCAGUCAACAGUUUGGACACACCUACUCAUUCAAGGGUUUUUCUUUAUUUUUGCU